AUGUCUCUGCUUCGACCUUCUACCUUCUUCGCGUCGCCCGUCGACGACUUUGACGUUUUCCCGUCGUCGCUGCGCGACCUGAUGCUCAUGAACCCUUUUGCCCCCGUCGCUGCUAGUCGCCCCAAUGUCAAUGCCGGCGACUACCGUAUCUGGUCCGGCCCCAAGGUGGACCUGCACGAGGAGGACACUAAAUUUGUGCUCACCGCCGAGCUGCCGGGGGUCAAGAAGGAGGACCUCAAGAUCAACGUCGACGCCGACCGACGCAGGCUCACGCUCGAGGGACACAUGAAGAGCGAGUACACUUCGCAGCCUGCCUCGGACGGCCAGGGCGGCAACAGCGACCAGUCGCGCGAAGCUCAGGACUCGAACCAGCAGCAGCAGCACGAAAAGCACGGCAAGAACAAGCACGACAAGGGCGCCUCUUCCUCCACCGAGGUGAGCAAGAAGGAACAGGGUGGCCAGGUCGGCCCCGUCGGCCACGCUCUGGUCUCUGAGCGCGUCUACGGAUCGUUCAGCCGCUCGUUCACGCUGCCUCCCACGGCCGACCUUUCAAACGACGCCUCACUCAAGGCUCGCUUCAACGACGGUCUGCUCCGACUCGAGAUCCCAAAGAAGAAGGAGGAGCACUCGAAGACGCGCCAGAUUGCCAUCGAAAGCAGCGCCUGA